UUUAAAAAAAAGGAUCUGACUGAAAAUAUCAAGAAAAGUUUUGAAGCUAUCAUAGUCAUGGAACGACUUAAUCAAUGUUCUAAUUGAGCCAGACCGGAAGAGGGCGCUCUAGUAGCAUCGACUGAAAAUAGACCCUGUAAUUUCAGUUUGAAACUCGACGAUUCAUCACCAUGUCGUACAUGCUUCAGCAUCUUCACAAUGGAUGGCAAGUUGACCAAGCCAUUUUAGCUGAAGAGGACCGUGUGGUAGUGAUAAGAUUUGGUCACGACUGGGAUCCAUCUUGUAUGGUGAUGGAUGAAACACUUUACAAGUGUGCAGAAAAAAUGAAGAAUUUCGCUGUUGUGUAUUUAGUGGAUACUUCAGAAGUUCCUGACUUCAACAAAAUGUACGAAUUGUACGACCCAUGUACUGUCAUGUUCUUCUACAGGAAUAAGCAUAUCAUGAUAGACUUGGGAACUGGUAACAACAAUAAAAUUAACUGGUCCAUGGCAGAUGUGCAAGAGUUUAUAGACAUUGUGGAGACCGUUUUCCGAGGAGCAAGAAAAGGAAGAGGUCUUGUGAUAUCGCCCAAAGAUUACUCCACCAAGUACAGAUACUGAUUGAUGUUGGUUCAUUUAUAUGCAAUUCAUUACAGCAACAUCUUGGCAAAAAUCUCUUCAAGAAUGUUAUUGAUAAUACAUCGUUGUUUGCUUGCCCUUCAAUGAGAGCUAAGUAAUGUUUGCACAGUAGACAUCAUUAAUCUUUAAGGUUUAUUAUCUUGUAAACUGGAAUAAAUGUUGUCCAAAAUGUGUGCUCACCAAUUUAAAAUUGAGUUGUAAAAUUAUUUGAUCACAUAAUUGUUUGUACAUGUACCAUCAAAGAUUACAGUGUGUUAUUUCUUAAUAAAAUUAAUUGUAAAAUAAUGA